AUGGGCUCGGAUAGCGGCGAUGACACGCAAACCGGCGUACCUCAGGCAGCAAUUGACGAGUUCUGGGAUAGCCUCAUCACUAAGAAACCAGCCAAAGUCACCAAGAUAUUCCCGCAAAGUCUGUAUGCCAAUCUUCUCCCUCCCCAUAAUCCAAUUGGAAAAGUCACGGGCAAAAAUGCAGCUGAAUCGUACCGGGCCGCUGCAGCAGAGUGCUCUGCUCGCGUCAAACGCAUCGUGAAAGAAUGUAUCCGAACGAAUGAGAAAUUCACGGACCCGGACUUCGAUAUCAGUAAUCUAUCUGAUGGAAAUUGCCUCGAAGGACUCAUGCACUGGUAUAAUGAAAACAAUGAAAAGUCACCUGCAGUCAGCGCAUCGCAGCUAGGCAGAGCCCUCUCCACCCUUGUUGAAAGUGGCGUCUUCAUGGGGGACGGUGCACCAUUCGACUUCAACACUACUGCCAAGAUAUUGACUCAGAAAUCGAACCGGAGCUCAGACGGUCCAAAAUCGGUGCAUCGUAUUGAUUGGAUCUUUGACAAGCCAGAAUUUGUCAUUGAUGGCUUCUCCAGCUCCGAUCUCAAACAGGGCUCGAGCGGCGACUGCUGGUUCAUUGCUGCUGCCUCGACAAUCUGCGCAAACCCUUCGUUGAUGAACAAAGUCUGUGUUGCGAGAGACGAAGAGUGUGGUGUCUAUGGCUUUGUUUUUUAUAGAGACGGCGAGUGGGUCUGGACCGUAGUUGAUGACAACCUUUACCUCAACAUCGCUGACUUUGACGCCCAAUGGGGUGAUCGAUACGAUCCGACCAAUGCGCGAGAGAUCAAGUACAAAAAGAACUAUCAGACUGGAUCCGAGGCACUCUAUUUUGCCUCUUGCGCUGACGAGAACGAAACCUGGCUCCCGCUUUUGGAGAAAGCGUACGCUAAAAUACAUGGUGAUUACGGUGCCAUUGCUGGUGGAUGGAGCGGUGAAGCCGUCGAAGACUUGACUGGCGGUGUCACGACCAAGAUCCUGACGAAUCGUGUAUUAAGAAAAGAGAAGCUUUGGGAAGAACUACUCAAAGUUGGCAAGGAUUUCUUGUUUUCAGCUUCAUCACCAAGCUCAUAUGGCGACGACUCGGAUGCGCUAAAGGGUCUUGCCCUCAGCCAUGCUUAUUCCGUCUUGAAGGCUGUAGACGAAAAAGACGAAAACGGCAAAAAGUACCGAUUAGUAUUGAUACGCAACCCGUGGGGUAGUAGGCAGAAUGCAAGUAUAGGCGAAUGGACGGGACCGUGGAGCGACGGCUCGAGAGAGUGGACACCGUACUGGCUCGAGAAGCUAGGCCACAAGUUUGGAGAUGACGGACUCUUCUGGAUGUCCUACGACGAUUUGCUCAAGCGAUUUGAUUUGCUUGAUCGCACUCGCCUGUUCAACGAAGAAUGGACCGUCGUGCAGCGGUGGACCAGUGUUUCGGUGGCAUGGGUCACUGGCUACCUAAACAUGAAAUUCUCGGUUGAAAUUAAGAAAGCUGGCCCGACUGUUUUCGUACUCUGCCAGUUGGACGAGCGCUAUUUCAGGGGGUUAGAGGGCAAAUACAGCUUUGACCUGCAUUUCAUCUUGCAAGAGAAGAAUGCUGCAGUUGGCGACCACCUAGUCCGCGCCCGCGGUCCUUGGUUUGGGAACCGCAGCAUAUCUGCCGAAGUCGACCUCGAACCCGGUGUGUACGAAGUUGUGCCCAAGAUUGUUGCCACGCGAGACCCGGAAGAACCCGAAGUCUUGGAUGUCGUGAAGAAGCUGGCCGAACGCAACCCGCAGAAGCUCCGACAAAUUGGACUAAACUACGACAUUGCAAAUGCAAAGGGUGUGUUCGAGCUUCCUGAAGAGGAUAAGAAGAAGAAAGAGCAGGAGAAGAAGGAGGCAGCAGAAAAGAAGGCAAAAGAAAAAGAGGCCGAAGAGAAGGAAAAGGAAGAAUUCGAAGCCUGGAAGAAGGAGCAGAAAGCGGACUAUGAGGCUUGGAAGAAGAGGAAGGAGCAGAAGGCCAAGAAGGAAACAAAGGAGCAAGCCUCCGAAUCCAAAGAAGAUGUCAAAGAUAGCAAGACUCAGACGGAACAAGGUGAUGUCCCGAAAGAUCCCGUUGCCGAUACAGAGGACAAAAAGGACGGCACACCUCCUUCCGCUUCUGAAGGAAACAACACCGAUGAGACCGCAGGUCUGCCACCCAAAACCACAGACUCGGAACCGAAAUCUCUCACCGCCGACACUCCCACUGCCGCCCCCGAAAGCACCACCACCGAAGACGCUAACGAACCCACACCUCCAUCCGACACCCCCAGCAACUCCACCUCGUUAGACCCAACACCCCACCCUGACGCCUCCACAUCAGCAUCUGCGUCACAACCUCCCCCAGCACCAGCAGACGUAGCAGCACCAGAGCAGCACCUCCCGCCACCAUCACCAGCGCCACAUACCUCAUCCUCGCGCCCCGCAGUCGACGACGACGACGACGACGACGACGCCCCAUUCCAAGGCAACGCCCCAAUCUACGGCAACAACGCUCCAGUCUACGGCGACACCCCCGUGCCCCCUCCCCCUCCCCCCGAGCUCCCCAAACCCGACAACGAACUCAAACCCUGGAACGCAGUCUGCGUUCUCGGUCUCAGAGUCUACACUCUAGACGCCGAGGUAAGUAUCAAGCUUGUCAAGCCGCAGAGCGUCGAGGAGGCGUCGAUCCUAGAUGUGGAUGGCGGCACGCAGGCUGGAGCUACAAUGUGA